AUGCAGCUCCUCUCCAUUUUUUCGACUUUGGCUUUCGUGUCUUCGGUGAUCGCAGCUGAUCGAGGCAGCUACACCGUUGCUGGGCUCGGAGCUCGCAAGCAGCAGAUCGUGGGUGCUGGUGGCAACACUCGUGACCUGGCUAUUUCGAUGCUGGAGACCGAUAACAUGAACACCGAUUACACUUACGGUGAUGGAAAGUCAGGCGACGGCACCAACUUCGGUAUCUUCAAGCAGAAUUGGUUCAUGCUGAGAAACUCUGCAUCUGAAUUCCUCGGCCAAAGUGUCGACGAGGUCUCUAACGGUGCAAUCCUCAAUUCGGAUUUGAAGAAGGACAUCCAAGCUCGUCACGACGGCGAGAAGCACUACGGGUAUGAGACCUGGUUUAGUGGUCACCGCAACGGAGAAUCAGGUGUAAACAACCCGGGCACCCAGGACAUCAAGAACUAUAUGGAUGGUGUGGCAUGGAUUCAGCAGCAGAUUGAGAGUGAUGAGAAGUACCAGAGCGACGAUACUCGCUUCUAUGUCCAAGUUGUGGCCAUCUAG